GUCAUUAUUCCCACGAGCGCAAGAACGCUCGAGAAAGAUUGGCACCAUGUCAACCAUUGCCGCUGCUGUAUAAAUGGUUGCUAGGUUGCAGUGUGCCAGUGUCAAUUGUGUGGCUGUGACCUAGCUAGUCGAUCGGUCAUGUCGUCGCAGCAAUGGCUUGGUGACGGCACGGCGCGGAGGUGGAGGGAGCUCCAUGGUGAGAGCGACUGGGACGGCCUCCUGGACCCGUUCGACCUCGACCUCCGCCGCACCGUCAUCCGCUACGGCGAGAUGGCGCAGGCGACGUACGACGCCUUCAACCACGAGAAGCUCUCGCCGCACGCGGGCCUCUCGAGGUUCGCCGCGCGCCGCUUCUUCGAGCGGGCGCAGCUGCCGGGCCACUCCGCGGCGUACCGCGUCGCCAGGUUCGUGUACGCGACGUCGUGCGUCGCCGUGCCGGAGCCGCUCAUCCUCCGGUCCGCGUCGCGCGCGCGCAGGUGCAGGGAGAGCAACUGGAUCGGGUACGUCGCGGUGGCCACCGACGAAGGGAAGGCUGCGCUCGGGCGCCGCGACAUCGUCGUCGCGUGGCGCGGCACGGUGCAGUCGCUGGAGUGGAUCAAGGACAUGGACUUCGUCAUGGUGCCACCCAAGGGCCUCCUCCGGGACAAAGCUUCCGACGCCAUGGUGCAUCGAGGGUGGCUGUCCAUGUACACCUCCAGGGACUCUGAGUCCAGCCACAACAAGGACAGUGCUCGAGAUCAGGUGUUGAGCGAGGUGGCGAAGCUGGUGAGCAUGUACCAGGACGAGGAACUGAGCAUCACGGUGACGGGACACAGCCUCGGCGCCGCACUCGCGACGCUGAACGCGUUCGACAUCGUCGAGAACGGGUACAACAGGGCACCCCGCGCCGCGGCAGCGGCGGCGGGCUGCCCGGUCACCGCGUUCGUGUUCGCCAGCCCGCGCGUCGGCGGGCACGGCUUCAAGCGCCGCUUCGACGGCGCGCGUGGCCUCGGCCUCCGCCUCCUCCGCGUCCGCAACGCGCGCGACGUCGUCCCCAGGUACCCGCCGGCGCCGCCGUACCACGGCGUGGGCACAGAGCUGGCGAUCGACACGGGCGAGUCGCCGUACCUGAGGAGGCCCGGGAACGAGCUGGUGUGGCACAACCUCGAGUGCUACCUGCACGGCGUGGCCGGCGCGCGCGGCGGCGAGGCCGGGCGGUUCAAGCUCGCCGUGGAGCGCGACGUGGCGCUGGCGAACAAGUCCUACGGCGCGCUGCGCGACGAGCACGCCGUGCCGGCCGGGUGGUGGAUCCCGUCGAACAGGGGCAUGGUGAGAGGCGCCGAUGGCCGCUGGACUCUGAUGGACCGCGAGGAAGAUGAGGAUAGUGCAGAGUAAAUGAUUGGAUGGAGUGUAUCAAUGUGCAUGAGCAUGAACUCGCAUAUGCAUCAAGAAAUAAUUACUGGACAUCUCAACGUGUCCAAAUCAAUACCUUUGUAUCUGUAACAAUGUCCAAAUCAACACAUGCAUUUGACUGGACAGAGUUUUAUUUACAAAUGAAUUAUGUGAUAUGAGGGGGAAAUCCCAUUUAUUCGA